GUUGCAGCAAUGAUACCAGCUGUGUGAAGCCCACACAACGAUCCGAAUCUGGAAAGUUGGAGUACGACGAGCCAGAUUGAAGUCGGUGAGGCACGGAACGACGCCAUUGUGGUCAAUGUGUAUUUAUCUUAUGAUACCAUCCCGCCGCUAACCACUCUAUUUCUUCCUCCUCACCUUCCUGUCGCACAACCUCAUCAACAAGAUAACUCAAAGUCUUCCUGUUACUCUGAUGGUCAAGAGAAGUGAAUGUGUUUAUAGAUGACACAUUUUCCCUGUUGCGGGUGACAUACAUGUGUACGAGUUUGUUCCACGAUAGACGGGGGCUAUUUAGUCAAUUCACAUGUCUCACAGGUGGUGUACGGUGCACCCAAGCUUACUUCUUAAAAUCUGAGAGCAGCUUCAAGUUCUGUCGACUCUUCUGAACAAAACUGAGGCCAUGGCGAAAAAUGUUAUGCAUGCGGUUCAGUAUGAUGGCUACGGUGGAGGACCUUCUGGCUUAAAGCAUGUUGAAAUUUCAAUUCCCAAUCCAAUCAAAGAUGAGGUGUUGCUGAAAUUGGAGGCAGCUAGUCUAAACCCAUUUGAUUGGAAAGUUCAGAAAGGCAUGCUGUGGCCAUUGUUGCCUCGCAGAUUUCCACACAUACCUGGUACUGAUGUGGCAGGAGAGGUUGUACAGGUAGGACCAGGAGUGAAAAAAUUCAAAGCUGGUGACAAAGUUGUAGCUAUGGUUAACCCUCUUAAUGGAGGUGGACUAGCUGAGCUUGCCGUGACUAAGGAAAGCUUGACCGCUGCAAGGCCACCUGAAGUUUCAGCAGCCUCUGCCGUAGGAUUACCUGUUGCUGGUCUCACUGCUCACCAGGCCCUUAUCCAAUCUGCUGGAAUCAAGCUUGAUGGAAGUGGUGAGCAAGCAAACAUUCUGAUCACAGCUGCUUCGGGUGGUGUAGGUCUCUAUGCAGUUCAACUAGCAAAGCUCGGAAACACUCAUGUGACAGCCACUUGUGGAGCUCGUAACCUUGAAUUGGUCAAGAGCCUAGGUGCUGAUGAGGUUAUUGACUACAAGACCCCAGAAGGAGCAACUCUGAAGAGUCCAUCCGGUCGAAAAUAUGAUGCUGUGAUCCAUUGUGCAACUGGCAUUCCUUGGUCAACUUUUGAGCCUAAUUUGAGUGCAAAUGGUAAGGUAAUAGAUAUCACUCCCGGCCUCAGUGCCGUAGCGAACUUUGCUUUGGGAAAACUUACCUUUUCCAAGAAGCAACUGGUGCCACUGCUCUUAUCUCCCAAGGCUCAGAACCUGGAUUAUCUUCUUAAGUUGGUAAGAGAAGGGAAGCUCAAGACAAUAAUAGAUUCAAAGUAUCCCCUGACCAAGGCAGAGGACGCUUGGGCUAAGAGCAUUGAUGGGCAUGCUACUGGAAAGAUAAUUGUGGAGCCUUAGGUUGAUACUUUGCUUAGAACUGCCCAAAUUUAUGUAGCUAAAUGAGAAGGUUGUGUAUUAAUGCAUCCAGUGAUGCGCGGUUAUAAUUUCGUGCUACCAUAUUGCUGUAAAUGAUGAUGCUUUGAGUUCCCCGUUCACUUUGCAUUGUGGUCAACAAGAUUGGAGAGCUUUUGCUUAAAA